AUCAAAAAGCUCAAUAUGAGGUCUUCUAGUACUUUCUAGUUUCCACAAGACUCUCUCGUUCCCUUCGCUUUGUGCUUGUAAUAUAAACACAAUUUCGCAACCUUCGUCUGUCCAGAUUCUACGUUUCGUUUUCUCUGAAAAAAGGCUGCUCUAAGAUUAUAUCCAUGGCGGAAGAAGUUGGGCUUGAUUUGGAAGAACUCAGGCAACUCCAGAACAUCGCCAAGAGACCUCGUGUUCUCAAUCUCAUCAAUUCCGAGAUUUCAAACUUGGAGAAGCUGAGAGACUCUGCAGUCAGUUCAAAUGCGAAACCAAAGGUACCAGUUACAGUUCCUGCACCGGUUUCUUCUUCGGGUAAGCCGGUUUCUUCUUCGGCAUUGAACUAUGUAACUCUCGGAACAUUCAGCUGGGAUCAAGACAAUGACAAAGUCAAGAUGUACAUAUCCUUGGAAGGUGUUGAUGAGGACAAGGUUCAAGCUGAGUUCAAGCCAAUGUCUUUAGACAUCAAGAUCCAUGAUGUACAAGGAAAAAAUUACCGAUGUGCCAUCCCGAAGUUGUGUAAGGAGAUUAUGCCUGAGAAAUGUAAAGUGCUUGUAAAGCCUAAGAGGAUAGUUAUCACUAUGGUCAAGUCUUCCAGAGGAAACUGGCUUGACAUUCACCACAAAGAAGACAAGAUUAAACCGAGUUUGGAGAAAGAGAAAGACCCAAUGGCUGGAAUUAUGGGGAUGAUGAAGAACUUGUAUGAGGAUGGAGAUGAAGAAAUGAAGAAGACAAUAGCUAAAGCCUGGACAGAUGCUAGGUCAGGCAAAGCAGCAGAUCCUUUAAAAGGACUAUGAAGCUCAUGUGAUCAGUAUAAUCAAUCACUAGUCCGUCUUUUGUAACCGAGCAAGUAUGCUUCUAUUAUGUUCUAGUGACUCUAUCUAUGAAAGAACUUGACAAAAACCAAAACAUAUAUUUUUUGAGUUUAGUCAAAUGUUGGCGCACUUGCAUUGACUUUAGAAGUCUUUUAAAUCAUUAAUUAAUUUUAAAAUUCAUCACUUUUUCUUUUGUUUUUGUGCAAAUUUUUAAUUCAUCACAAAUUUUGAAGUGAUUAGAGUUAGAAUCCAGCCAUUUAGAACA